GGCCUUGAUCAGCAGACGUAGUAAAAAGACAUAAAUAACAUUAGUCUGGGUAAAUAUCUAUGGAAGUGAGUAACUGAAUUAAGCUGGGCAGUAAAAAUGAGGAGGGCUGGAGGCUAACGUUUGGAAAUUGGGGAAUGCUGUGGUUCUCAUGCAGUAGAGAACUUGGACACAGGAUCUAAUUCUGUGAAAAAGCAAGGACAGGUGGGUUGUAAAAACAGGGUGGGGCCUCUGAUUGUUAAUGUUAGGGGUACUAUUCCAGGUAAAAUCUAGGUGUGAUGUGUAACGCUUAAAAUUUGAGAGUAGGAUGGGCGCCUGGGUGGCUCAGUCGUUAAGCGUCUGCCUUCGGCUCAGGUCAUGAUCCUGGAGUCCCUGGAUCGAGUCCUGCAUCGGGCUCCCUGCUCAGCAGGGAGUCUGCUUCUCCCUCUGACCCUCCCCCUUCUCAUGUGCUCUCUCUCAUUCUCUCUCUCUCAAAUAAAUAAAUAAAAUCUUAAAAAAAAAAAAAAUUGAGAGUAGGAGAAAGGCAAGGGAAAAUUCAAGUUCUGCCCGUAACACUUUUCUAAUGUGCUUCUGUGCAUGUAUAUGCUGGCAUGCAUGGAGUUUUGUCAUACUACUAAAGCUUCCUGAAACUCUGAUGAUGGCAUUUAUUAAAUUAAUAAUGAAAUCAUAAUUAGCAGAAUUCUUUUGAGGAAGAAAUGAACAAAUUAUAUCUCACAAGCACAGAAUCACAUAAAAUAAAACUUUAUCUUUUCUUGACGUGAGAUACAAAUGGGUAAGUUAAACCUACUUCUGUUUAUGACUCAUUAUUAUCACUUGUCCAUGAAAUACAUUUAUGUACUAUGGAUGUUUUAGGGGAGGAUUUACAAUUUAUAAAUGCUUUCACAGAUACACAAAAUCAAACAACGAAAUUCAGGGAAGUUGCAGCUAAUGCAGAUUUCAGUGCAAUUUUCUAAAACUUUAGCUAGAGUAAAUAAACAUCCUCCUAAAAUCCUUUCAUUCUAUAAUUUUUGGAAGUACUACCCUGUAAAGAUUGUUGGACUUGACGUUGUGCUGUAACCCACAUGUUCCUGUAAUUUUCUGAUGCAGGGGAUUUUAAAGGGUAAAUUUGUAAGAUGGGUGUCUUUGAUCGCUCAAAAUGAAGUAAGUCACUAAAUUAACUAAUCUUACCAUAAAAUACAUUUUUUUAAAGAUUUUUUAUGUAUUCAUUAGAGCACGAGCAGAGGGAGGGGCAGACUCCCCCCUGAGCAGGGAGCCUGAUGAUGCGGGGUUCCAUCCCAGGACCCCGGAAUCAUGACCUGAGCUGAAGUCAGAUGCUCAGCCGACUGAGCCACCCAGGCAUCCCCAUAAAAUGCAUUCGUAAUAGUCUUGUUUCAUAACCCAACCCAUUCAGAACAAAUCUAAAGGUCCGUGUUGGAGUGCUACUGCUGGAGACCUUCCUUGGAGGAGACAGUGAUGGAUGAUACGUGUAUCCAGAGCGGGCUGGGACAGGGAAGACUAGGGAUGGAGUGAGACACCAGAGGGCUGAGGAGGAGUUAGAGAAGCUGCUCGUAAACUAAUACCUAAGUGUGAGAAAUCUCACAGUGCCUAACGUUUGCAGAUGCCAGAAAUGCUGUUUCGGAAUCAGGAGGGAGUUGGCUUUUCACCUUCGUCCUGAACUGGGGGUGCUUCUGUCUUCCCUCCAAGCAACAAGAGAGCCUUAACUGGGGAGCCGCCCUCCCCUCCCCUCCUUUGGAGCACACGGCCUGCUUCCUGCUUCCGUGGUUCUGCUGGGGGUUACUUCCAGGGGGAGGGGUGGAGCUUCGGAGCGGGUGGGUAUGGAAAUCGUGGGCAGCUGGAUUGUCAUGGCUCCUUUCUCCUUCCUCAGCUUUGCCUCCUAUUGGCGAGACUGUAUGAGUGAACGUCCAGAAGCCACUUGACAACCGAGCUACGAAGAAUGGACUCACAAGAAUUGGUGACCUUUGAGGAUGUAGCUGUAGACUUCACUCAGGAAGAGUGGACCCUGCUGGACAGGUCCCAGAGAAAACUCUUCAGAGAUGUGAUGCUGGAGAACAUCAGUCACCUGGUCUCAAUUGGCAGACAACUCUACAAAUCAGAUACGAUUUCCCACUUGGAACCAGGAGAGCACCUUUCAAAAGAAGAGAGAGGUUUGCUGCAAUGCCAGAGUCCAGAUAGGGAAGAUCAUCUUAAAAAACAAGAAGUGAUAUUCAUGCAACAUAUCUGCAAGAAGGACACAACAUUAAUCAGUGAAAUGCAAAGAUCUCACACUCAAGAGGAUCCUUUUGAAUGCAAUGAUUUCGGAGACAAUUUUACUGAAAUACUAACAUGGACUCAAUAUGUGGUACCUAAAAUGGGAAAGAAUCCCUAUAUCAGCAAAGAAUGUGGAAAAGACAGCAGUUAUUUGACAUCUUUUAAUACACAUAAGCAGAGUCACACUACAAGUAAAUCAUACAAAUGUUGUCAACGUGGGAAUGCCUUUAUUCAAAGCUCUGCCCAUAGACAAACCAAUAAUACUCAAAAUGGAGAGAAAACAUUUGAAUGUCAUGAAUGUGGGAAGGCCUUUGGAAAAAGUUCCAACCUUAGGCGACACGAGAUGAUUCACACUGGAGUGAAACCACACGGAUGCCAUCUGUGUGGGAAAGCCUUCACUCAUUGCUCUGACCUUAGGAAGCAUGAGAGAACGCACACGGGAGAGAAAUCAUAUGGAUGCCAUCUAUGUGGGAAAGCCUUCAGUAAGAGUUAUAACCUUAGGCGACACGAGAUGAUUCACACCAGGAAAAAACCCCAUGGAUGCCAUCUAUGUGGGAAAGCCUUCACCCACUGUUCUGACCUUAACAAACAUGAAAGAACUCACUUUGGAGAGAAACCAUAUGGGUGCCAUCUAUGCGGGAAGACAUUCAGUAAAACUUCUUACCUUAGACAACAUGAGCGAACUCAUAAUGGAGAGAAACCAUAUGAGUGUCAUUUGUGUGGGAAGGCGUUUACCCACUGUUCUCACCUCAGAAAACAUGAGAGAACUCACACUGGAGAGAAACCAUACGAAUGUCAUCUGUGUGGGAAAGCUUUCACUGAAUCUUCUGUCCUUAGACGACACGAGAGAACCCACACUGGAGAGAAACCGUAUGAAUGUCAUCUGUGUUGGAAAGCCUUUACUGAUUCUUCUGUCCUUAAACGACAUGAGAGAACGCACACUGGAGAGAAACCGUAUGAAUGUCACCUAUGUGGGAAAGCUUUCAAUCACUCUUCUGUCCUUAGACGACAUGAGAGAACUCAUACCGGUGAGAAACCAUAUGAAUGCAAUGUAUGUGGCAAAGCCUUCAAUAGAAGCUAUAACUUUAGAUUGCAUAAGAGAAUCCACACUGGAGAGAAACCAUAUAAAUGUUUUGUAUGCGGGAAAGCCUUCAGUAAAUAUUUUAACCUUAGACAACAUGAAAAUACAUGUAAAGGUAAUAAAUGUGGAAGAUUCACCACCUAUAGCUUCAAACUACAAACACUCUUGAGGGCUCAAAUACUCAAGAAACACCAUAUUUAUAAUCAGUGUGGGAGAGCAUUUAUUCAUCCUUAUUACUUCACUCAACUGAAGGUAAUCCAAAGUGGAGAGAAUCCAUAUGUGGGUCAUCUAUAUGACAAAACCUUUAGAUAAUGGACUGACACGGAAGGAUGUAAAUGAAGUGAGUGUGGAAGAAUUUUCAUCCACAGUUCCGUCAAACAAAAUGGAGAAGUUACGUCAGAGAAAUAUGUCUGUAAUCAAUGCAGAAAUACUUUCAUUUAUCCUUUAAACAAGCCAGUUGUGCAGGAAAGUCUGGAUCUGUAAUCACUAUGCACUCAUUCAAUUUAGCAACUCAUUUGGCAUGCAGAAGAAAUCUGCUGAAACAAGAAGUGACUGGAGAAAAAAUCAUUCCUAGGAAGACAAGAGAAUUUUGUUGCCAAAGGGUUGUGUUCGGUGAGAACUAGGACAUGAAGGAGACUGAGGAUAUUUGGAGUAUCCUAUUCCAGAAUGCCUAGCACACUCACGCUAACGUCUGCUAGUGGCAAAAACCAGUCUGGCACAGCCGAGGGCUGAAGCAGAGGCAGCCCAGCCUUGCCCAUAUCCCUGACACAACAGCCACGGACGCACACGUCACCCAACGGAGGAGACCUUUGCAUCCCGGUUCCCCCCACAGGCAAAUGCAGAAAGCCGGGAGGCCAGAGGCCAGGCCGAGUCAUUGGUCUUCACUCGCUUGCGUAUGAUUAGUCAUCCUUGUUCACACGUGGCAAGAAAGAGAAUGCAGGUGCUUAUGAUUAACUUAUAACGUUACGAGUGAGUAUGCAAUGCCUUGUCAAUCCUCACUUUAUCUCUGCCCUUUGGUUUGAAGGUAUUAUUGAUGUGUCCUCACACUAAUUUGUUUUCUAUGUGUAAAGUCUUAAACUCACCCAUUAAUGUCACCAACAGGACAUAGCUUCCCAAACCUAGAACUAUUGAAUUUCUCCAGCUUCUCAUGUUUCUUAUAACUUCUAUUUUGUGUAGUAAUAUUAUAAAUUUUCCUCCUAACUCCAAUCUAAAGAUA